UUUCCUCACCAGCCCAGGCCCUGAAGAGAGGGAAGGAGGCAAUCCGCCAAGCAGGGCAGGUCGGAUGGCACCCCCACACCCAAACACAGAAACCCUGGGGUCUGUCCGCCAACCUCCUGGGCUGCCACGCUCUGCGCAGGGACUCUCCCUGCCAACACGCAAAACCAGCUCCCUCCCGCAGGCUGAGCAGGAAGGAGAAAGGUCCAAUCUCAAACCGUCCCCCGCAACUAGACCACCAGCCCCCGUCUAAACGGAAGUAGGGCCAGCCCUUCAAGAGUUAGGUGGGAAACUGAGCCCUGGGAAAGAAAGGGCGCCCGGGCCAGGCUGGGACCCGCUGCGGCUUCGCAGGCUGCCAGGCCCCUCCACGGAGGUCCGAGGGCGCGUUCCUCGGCCUCCAGACUCAGCUGCCAGCCGCGCGGACCCCAGCCCGCGCCCCGAGGGAGGCCGGGACCCCUAGGCGGCGGGACUGCGCGCCGCCCCUCCCCGCAGGUCCAGGCUAGCGCCUAGCUUCCCCUCCCCCCUUCCCGCCUCCCGGCGGGUGUCCCCGCCUUCCCCGCGGGCGACGGGCGGCGGCGGCGGGAGGAGCGGGCCGAGCUAAGGCAGCCCCGGCCUCGCGCUCUGGGAUGUAGCGAACAAGCAGGGGCCGAAGGAACUGGCAAAGCCGGAGCCAGAGCCAGAGCCAGAGCUGGAUCCCGGGCCCCAGCCGGAGCCGAAACCUGAGCCAGAGUCCGCGGCGGGCGAGCCCGGAGCAGACGAGCGGCAGACGCAGCGCUGCCCAGGUGGGGUCGCAGCCAGGGCGGCGGGGCUCGCCCAGCCCCGGCCCCUGGAGCGCCCGCCGCGGUCCCCACCUCCAUGGACGCCUUCAAGGGGGGCAUGAGCCUGGAGCGGCUGCCGGAGGGGCUCCGGCCGCCGCCACCACCACCCCAUGACAUGGGGCCCGCCUUCCACCUGGCCCGGCCCGCCGAUCCCCGCGAGCCGCUCGAGAACUCUGCCAGCGAGUCGUCUGACACGGAGCUGCCAGAGAAGGAGCGCGGCGGGGAACCCAAGGGGCCCGAGGACAGUGGCACGGGAGGCACGGGCUGUGGAGGCGCUGAGGACCCAGCCAAGAAGAAGAAGCAGCGGCGGCAACGUACGCACUUCACAAGCCAGCAGUUGCAGGAGCUAGAGGCCACGUUCCAGAGGAACCGCUAUCCAGACAUGAGCAUGAGGGAGGAGAUCGCCGUGUGGACCAACCUCACCGAGCCGCGUGUGCGGGUCUGGUUCAAGAACCGGCGGGCCAAGUGGCGGAAGCGCGAGCGUAACCAGCAGCUGGAUCUGUGCAAGGGCGGCUACGUGCCGCAGUUCAGCGGCCUGGUGCAGCCCUAUGAGGACGUGUACGCCGCCGGCUACUCCUACAACAACUGGGCCGCCAAGAGCCUGGCGCCAGCACCGCUCUCCACCAAGAGCUUCACCUUCUUCAACUCCAUGAGCCCGCUGUCGUCGCAGUCCAUGUUCUCGGCACCCAGCUCCAUCUCCUCCAUGACCAUGCCGUCCAGCAUGGGCCCAGGCGCCGUGCCUGGCAUGCCCAACUCGGGCCUCAACAACAUCAACAACCUCACCGGCUCCUCGCUCAACUCGGCCAUGUCGCCGGGCGCCUGCCCGUACGGCACCCCCGCCUCGCCCUACAGCGUCUACCGGGACACGUGCAACUCGAGCCUAGCCAGCCUGCGGCUCAAGUCCAAGCAGCACUCAUCAUUCGGCUACGGCGGCCUGCAGGGCCCAGCCUCGGGCCUCAACGCGUGCCAGUACAACAGCUGACCGCCCCGCCGCGCCACGCGGGCUGGCUGCCGGCACGGGGAAGGGCGCGGGCGCGGAGGACGCACGCAGAGCCCUGGCUCCCACGCCGUGGCUCGCCACGCUGCACCGCUCCGCGGACCUCGCGCCUGCGCAGCCCCCUCCUCCCACUUCCCACUCCGGGUUGGUUUUGUGUUUGCUUUUCCAGACCCCAUUCUGCCCUCCAAAAAGACAAAAAAAAAACAAAGGAAAAAGACGUCGGAGAAAAGUGCCGCGAAAAAAUGGAUGAGUUGCAAUUUCCCUCGGGAUGGCGCGGGUGGUGUGUGUGUGUGUGUGUGUGUGUGUUCCCACGGGCCCCGGCGGCCCACUCCGCGGAGGGGACGCAGCACUGUAGGCGAGCGCCGAGGCCCAGCGGCCGGGGGAGGACGCCCUCGUAGCCCGCGUCCCCGCCGCGCUGGACCCGGACUGAGCCGCCGUGCCUGCGGACUGGAUGUGCGGGCCCUGGACUUGCCUGGGAUUUCCCGACCCAGUACAAACCAAGAUGCCCUCUCCGAGGUGUCCCCGGCCGAGAGCGCCUUAGCUCGAGUCGGAUCCGCGUUGGAGCGGGUGUUGGGCAGGGGUUAACGGUGCCCAGCCCAGGGCUGGGCACUCCGUGGAGCCGCACAAGGCCCUGGCACGCCUGGUAGAGCCUCGCUGGCCCUGCGCCCCGGAGCCCUAUAUUAAGGCCACGGAGCUGCAGCAGGCAAUGCGGACCUGGCGGGAGGAGGGGGAGGCUCGUCGUAGAACAACCCAGCCCAGAGCUUAGCCGCAGGCCUAGGCCCUCUGCUCUGCUCCCGGGCUAGGAGGUGGCCCCCUGUCUGGGAAAACUGCCCUCUCCUCACCGCCCGCCGUGCAAGAGUCGAGCCGGCAGAGCGAGGGGCCCGGCCCCGGGGCCCUGCGCCCACUUUGCACACCCGCUCUCCGGCCCACGCCCCUGUUUACAGCGUCCCUGUGUAUGUCGGACUGACUGUAUAGAAUUAUAAAUCUGUCUAUAUCGACUUGUCCAUGUACGUCUAUUAAAACCAUAGUCCGAGCGUGCUAAGCA